AUGUCAUAUUGGCCGUCUAAACGUCUUUUAACUCAAGGAUGCUGUAGUUUAACUCUCUAGUUAGGGUUUUCAAACACACUCAUUCCUGUUUUUUCUUCAACACCUUCAUACAAUUGGACAAGACGCCCUUGGAAAAAGGUGCCGGCCAACAGUAUUUGACGAUGCUGCGGGAAAGGCAAACAACUCGAGCGAAUCUGUAAGUCUUGUAUAUGCUGAUUAUGUAAUGGAUAUGUACUGGUUGUAAAUUUCUUUGUUAAUUCAAUUGAAAUCGUUGUUUACUGGGUAAUUGAAACUUAUUAUUUUCUAAAUUUACAAGUGCUAAUACAAACUCAGAAUACGUAUUCAUUAAAUGAAAACAGAUUCCGUGCAAAUUUGAAUUUUUGCGUUCAAGGUUUAAUUGAGGUUCGUGAAUUCUUUUAAUGAAAUUGGAGAUUUUGAUAAUGUUGUUGAAAAUGCAGCGCCUAAUUGGUACUGGAAUAGUUCAAAAAUCCAUAGAGUUACAUCCCGGACUAUUCACAGUAAUAAUAAUUGAUAUGAUUUUAGUGUUUUAAUUAGAAUUUGUAUAUCUUGAUUAAAUUAGCUUAAGCAUUUGAUGUAUUGUAGGAUGACAAUUUAAGUUUGGGUGGUUUUGUGAAAGCAAAAGGGUAAGUGAUUAAUCAUUACACUGUUGCAUUGCGUAGAGUGAGUUCCAUUCUCAUAUUUUUUACAACUUAAGAUAAUAUUACAGAUUGAUUUAAAGUUAGUUUACGGUAAAGGAAACCUGCCGUUGUUUCAAACAUGAACUGCAGCCCCCAAAAUAUGACUUGUCGUGUUGAGUCAUUUGGUAGAAUAUGCCAGAAAUUCGAUGAAAGGAGAAAAAGAUGGGUUUGUGAUAUGGGGUUUGGGGGGCUCCUACAUUUUGCUUCCCAUAUGCACUUACCACGACAGUUAGCAUACUAGAUUAUGACUCGUAUUGAUCCUAUUAAUAGGUGUUUAAUAGGCACAAAUGGUCGUUCGAUUUACUUUCGAAGAACCAAGUGCAUUGGAUUUUAGGAAUUCCUAAUGGGGAGAAACCAGUCCCUACAUCCAAGGAAAUGUCUGGUGUAGUUAGGAUGAAGGUCCAAAAAAUAUUGUUAAAGUAUGGAGGGCGUGGAAGACAAAAGCUAAUACACAUGGGUCUAGGACAUAUACUUCAGUUGGCAUUCCUGUUACUGGGAUCAUGAUGGAUAGAUUGGAGGGACAUUUUGAUCCAGAUGAAGAAGAAGUAUUUAAAACCUUGUUCCUAAUCAUUUCUCUACAUAUGAUUUUGUGUCCAAAACGAUCCCCAAGACUAUCAGCUGAUUUGCUACCGGCAUUGAGUUGUUGUAUGGAUAACAAAAACUAUGAUUGGUGUGAAUUGGUAUUGAAUAAAUUUCUGGAGAGUGUCUCAAAUUUUGCUCGGCGGUUUUAUGCUAAUGGAUUUGCAGGUGGUAGCAGUGGUUGUUCAAUUUUUGCAGUUAUUUUCUAUUUGGAUCGACUAAACUUGGAUCCCAAUGCGUGGGAUACAUAUCCUCGAGUGAAGGCAUGGAGCAUGCAGAGAAUUGGGUAUUCAUGCAAGCUUGACCGAACUUAUUCCGGUGACUAUGGAAAACUAGGGGUUAUAGAUGUGGCUUAUGGUGAAAGACAUCCUAAGGUAGCACGGGACACAUCUGGACCACCUCAAUGUCCAACUUAUGAUGUGGGAUGUUUCGGCUCAUGUUCCCAGUAGUAGUAGAGAUAGGCAUAGACGGGCGGAUUUACAUGGGUUACGUUGGGGUUGGAAGUACUUGUACGAUGAUACCACCCCCCACCAAACAGAUGAAGAAUCAACAUACGAAGAAGGUGCUGAUUAAUAAUGGUUAUAGAAGGUCGAGAUGCAAUGAAAUACUGUUUUCAUGUUUUAGCAUGUCAUAUCAACUGGAGAUAGACGCACACAUUUGAUUGAUAUAGAUACCUGUAGAUUUGUAGUAACUAGUAAGAUUCAAUUGUUAUCUAUGUGUUAUGUUGUUGUAAUCACUACUAACUAUGAUUUGUUGAUGUAUUUGGCUUAUGUUCUUGAUAAAAACUAAAGCCUAAUUAAUAUUUUUCUAUUAAAAGUUUGUAGCCCAAUGAUGUUGGGUCCGGUAAUUUUGAUGACUCUUAUUUUUGAACUGAUUUCAAACUAUU